GUCUGGGUUAGGUUCCGAUGAGAAAAUUUGUUACUCUAAUCGAGAGAAAUCGAAUCGCGAAACUUUUACUUUUCCGGCGGCUUUGGUCUGUUGUGAUCGUUUUUAACCAAAUCCGAACUAAGUAUCGAACGCCGCCGUAAUCGGAGAUGUCGAGCUCAGGCCAUACGCAGUUCCGCUAUACGCAGACGCCGUCGAAGGUGGUGCAUCUGCGGAAUCUCCCAUGGGAGUGCGUUGAAGAGGAGCUCAUCGACCUUUGCAAACGAUUCGGCAAGAUCGUUAAUACCAAGAGCAAUGUCGGCGCCAAUCGCAACCAAGCCUUCGUCGAAUUUGCUGACUUGAACCAAGCUAUAUCAAUGGUUUCGUAUUAUGCUUCAUCUUCAGAGCCAGCUCAGAUUCGAGGGAAAACUGUGUAUAUUCAGUACUCUAAUCGCCAUGAAAUUGUAAACAAUCAGAGUCCUGGAGAUGUCCCUGGGAAUGUCCUCUUGGUUACCUUUGAAGGAGUGGAAUCUCACGAAGUGAGCAUCGAUGUUAUCCAUCUGGUAUUUUCUGCUUUUGGAUUUGUGCACAAAAUUGCCACUUUCGAGAAAGCUGCUGGUUUCCAGGCACUAGUUCAAUUUAGUGAUGUGGAGACUGCAUCCGCGGCAAGGAAUGCGUUAGAUAGCAGAAGUAUACCCAGAUACUUGCUCCCGGAACAUGUUGGUUCGUGCAAUUUGCGAAUGUCUUAUUCAGCUCAUACUGAUCUCAACAUCAAGUUUCAGUCCCACCGGAGCAGAGAUUACACAAAUCCAUACCUUCCAGUGAAUCACACGGCAAUGGACGGGUCUACGCAGCCUGCGUUAGGUGCUGACGGCAAGAAAGUAGAAUCUCAGAGCAACGUCCUUCUUGGUCUGAUUGAGAACAUGCAGUAUGCUGUCACUGUGGAUGUUCUUCACACGGUGUUUUCCGCGUAUGGAGCUGUCCAGAAGAUUGCUAUAUUUGAGAAGAAUGGUUCAACGCAAGCCUUAAUUCAGUACUCUGUUGUCAGUUGCUUCUACGUCGCUGCCAUAAAAGAGACUGAUGUAAAGUGA